UCCUCCACAUAGCAAUAGCAUAGCUUGCCGACCAGUUCACACCGUGCGCCACAACUAUGGAGCAUCAUCACUCCGCCCCAAGGGGCAUAGCCUUCUUCCUCUUCCCUCUCCUGGCCAGCGUACAUUACGCUCAGGCAAACCCUGGCCGUGGCUCGAUCCACUCCAUCUUCAGCUUCGGCAACUCGUACGCCGACACCGGCAACUUUGUCAAGCUCGCAGCGCCGCUGCUUCCGAUCAUCCCUUUCAGCAAUCUCCCCUAUGGGGAGACCUUCUUCGGUCGCCCCACUGGCCGAGCCUCUAACGGCCGCAUCACCUUGGACUUCAUUGCCGAUGAGUUUGGGCUCCCUUUCGUCCCCCCAAUUCUCGGUGAAGAACAUAACUUCACCCAUGGAGCAAACUUCGCUGUCAUCGGGGCUACGGCGCUUGAUCUAUCCUACUUCUACGAGAACAACAUCACGAGUGUGCCCCCUUUCAACAGCUCCUUGGGCGCGCAGCUCGACUGGUUCCAGAAGCUCAAGCCCACCUUGUGCUCAACACCACAAGGUUGCAGAGACUAUUUCAGGAGAUCCGUCUUCUUGAUGGGAGAGUUCGGAGGGAAUGACUACACCUUCAUCAUGGCCGCCGGGAAAACCUUGGGCCAGGUCGCGUCAUUCGUGCCGGAAAUCGUACAAUCCAUCUCAGCAGGCGUUGAGCAACUAGUCAAGGAGGGAGGGAGGUACGUGGUGGUGCCGGGGCAGCCGCCAAUGGGGUGCAUUCCCAUCGUCCUAACCUUGUACGCCAGCCCGAACAAGAAGCACUACGACCCCGGGACCGGGUGCCUGAGGAAAUACAACGCCCUCGCGCGCUACCACAACAGAGUGUUGUUGGAAGCCGUCUAUCGUCUCCGGAUCAAGUACCCCGCGACCAAGAUCGUCUACGCCGACUACUACACGCCGGUGAUGGAGUUUCUCAGGGAACCCGUAAGAUUCGGGUUUAGUGCCUCGUCGAGGCUCCGCGUGUGCUGUGGUGCGGGCGGGCCGUACAACUACAACCUGACGGCGGCGUGCGGGUUGCCCGGCGCAAGCGCGUGCGCUAACCCCGCCACACACAUCAACUGGGACGGCAUCCACCUGACGGAGUCUGUAUACAGGCUCAUCGCCACCGGUUGGCUCUGGGGCCCUUACGCGCACCCGCCUAUUCUCAAGGCCGUGCCAGGAUCUCUGGAGCUCAUGACAUCUUCAAUCUCAGAAAUCAACACGUUCAGUUACGCUAGCUCCUGAGUAGUGCUAGCUAGCUGCAACGGACGGCGCAAGUCUCUUGAAGCUCUAUCCUACGGCUGUAACCUUUCAUUUUGCAUGCGUGCUACUACUCCUUCAAUAACUCCACACUUAAUGUACUAUAUGUAAUAAUUAUGUGACAUUGGCAUAAUCACGGCUCACGGCGGUAUAAAUUAAAGCAGCAUUGUACUAUAUGUAAACCCAAAAUUUAUGGCUGAUGUUUCCCUUCC